CUUCCUCCCCAGCCCCUUCCCCUGCCCCGCGCGCCGAGGCUCCGUGCUUCCUCUCGGCUCCGGCCGAGCCAGGGCGGCUGCCUGCCUCUUUCAGCUCCCUUUUUCCUCUCCCCGCAAUGGCCGCCCCCAGUCCCGCAGAGAUCCGGAGAGACGUGCAGAACUACUACGGCCAGGUGCUGAAGACGACGGCAGAUCUGCAGUCCAACGCCUGUGUCACGGCGGAGAGGCCGCUCCUCCCGCGCGUCCGGGAAGCCCUGCAGAACGUGCACGAGGAAGUGGCCCUGAGGUAUUAUGGCUGUGGUAUUGCCAUUCCCGAGUGCCUAGAAAACUGUUGGAUUUUGGAUCUGGGGUGUGGAAGUGGCAGAGAUUGCUAUGCGCUUAGUCAGCUGGUUGGUGAGAAAGGGCAUGUCACCGGAAUAGACAUGACCGAAGGUCAGGUGGAAGUGGCUAAGAAGUAUCUCGACUACCACAUGGAAAAAUUUGGCUUCCAGACAUGCAAUGUGACUUUUAUCCAUGGCUGCCUUGAGAAGUUGGCACAGGCUGGAAUCCCGAAUGAGAGCUAUGAUAUUGCUAUAUCAAAUUGUGUUAUUAACCUUGUGCCAGAUAAACAGCAAGUUCUUCAGGAGGUAUAUCAGGUGCUGAAGCCUGGUGGGGAGCUAUAUUUCAGUGAUGUGUACGCUAGCCUUGAACUGCCUGAAGAAAUCAAGACACACACAAUUCUAUGGGGCGAGUGCCUGGGUGGUGCUUUGUACUGGAAGAGUCUUGCCAUCCUUGCCCAAAAACUUGGGUUCUGCUCUCCACGUUUGGUCACUGCCAAUUUCAUUACAAUUCAAAACAAGGAACUAGAAAGCAUUGUUGGUGACUGUCGUUUUGUUUCUGCCACUUUUCGCCUCUUCAAACUCUCUAAGACAGGACCAGCCAAAAGAUGCCAAGUUAUUUAUAAUGGAGGAAUCACAGGAUAUGAAAAAGAACUAAUAUUGGAUGCAAAUUUCACAUUCAAGAAAGGUGAAAUUGUUGAAGUGGAUGAAGAGACAGCAGCUAUCUUGAAGAAUUCACGCUUUGCUCAAGGUUUUGUUUUUAGACCAAUUGAAGAGAUGCUGGAACUGGGAAGUUGUUCUGCAUUGAAAUCAAAGGUUCUUAUCACAGAUCCAUUCAAGCUCGCAGCAGAAUCUGGCAACAGAAAGCCCAGCUGUGCACCUGAUGUUGCUGGGGGUUGCUGUGGCAAGAAGAGAAUCUACAGCAGAAAAUCUACAGCAGAAAAGAGCCCACCGCAAGUGGGCAGGGAGCUGAAGAAUGAGGCAUAUAGUUUUUAACCCGCUCUUCCCCACAGCACAGAGCAGAGGAAUAAAUGGGAAAGAGCACUAUAUUAGAGUUCAUUGAUGAAAAUAAUGUGCUAAUGA